ACUUCUACGCCUUUCUCGCCUUGGCUUGUUUAUUUCCACUAUAUCUUUUAAAUCCGACGAACGGACGGAUUUAUUAUUAUUAAAUCCAGGAAUUAACUGAAAAUGAGACUUCGACGGGAAAGGGAAGGGAAAGGGGACGGAAAAUGGAGAUUCCCUGCUCUAGCUCGGCCCUCAGAUCUCUAAUGGCUGCUCGCCAUAUCACAUCUCUCCUUAUCAAUUAGUUUUUUCCUACUCCAAUUGUACCGAUUCCUUGUACUAAAACAAACCCCGCUUUUUAUAGGUUUUGCGUGAGAUCUGUCUUCUUUCUUCAAGAGAUCCGAUCUUCUCAAAUCUGAAAUCCCCCAAUCCAAACUUCACUCAAUCCACUACAAUGGGCCGCCUCCGACUCCAGAAUCCUGGCAUAAACCCCAUCGACGAGGAAUCCUUUGCCGACGGUGACACCGACCAAACCCCCAAGGAUCCGCCGGCUAAUUCCCCCUGCUCUUCUUCCGGCCACGCCUUGGCCUGCAUGAUCAACUCGGAGGUUAGUGCCGUCCUCGCCGUCAUGCGCCGUAACGUCCGUUGGAGCGGCCGUUACGCGUCCGCCGCAGAUGACUACCUCGAUCACUCCCUGAUUCAAUCUCUCAAAUCUCUCCGUCGCCAGCUCUUCUCCUGGGAUACCAGCAGAUGGAGUUCCAUUGACCCCAUUCUGUAUCUCCGCCCUUUUCUGGACGUCAUCCGCUCUGACGAAACUGGUGCUCCGAUCACCGGUGUCGCCCUCUCUUCCGUCCACAAAAUUCUCACCCUUGAGGUUUUUGACGCCAGGACUGCCCACGUCGACGACGCUAUGCACGCUGUGGUGGAUGCGGUUACAAGCUGCCGGUUUGAGGUCACCGAUCCGUCGUCAGAAGAGGCGGUGCUGAUGAAGAUUCUGCAGGUGCUUCUGGCUUGCAUGAAGAGCCGGGCAUCGAUGGUUCUCAGCAACCAGCAUGUGUGCACCAUUGUUAACACCUGUUUUCGGGUUGUCAAUCAGGCUGGGACUAAAGGAGAGCUUCUACAGAGGAUUUCCCGCAAUACGAUGCAUGAGCUAGUCCGUUGCAUCUUCUUGCGGUUGCCCGAGGUCAGCAAAAACACUGGCAAACUUUCACCACUAGUUGAGGUGGCUGGUGUUGAGAAGAAUCAGGCCUUUGGAAUGAGUCAAAUGGAGAAUGGUAAUUGGAAUUAUGGCUCCUUGGCAGUCCCAGCAGAUGAUACGACUGUGAGGUUGGAAAUGCCAAACGGUAUGAAGCUAAUGGUCGAGCCAUAUGGUAUACCUUGUAUGGUGGAGAUAUUCCACUUCCUGUGCUCUUUAUUGAAUAUUGUUGAACAAAUUGGAAUGAGUCCCAGGACAAGCCCAAUGGCCCUAGAUGAAGAUGUGCCGCUUUUUGCUCUUGGAAUGAUAAACUCAGCUAUUGAAUUGGGUGGAUCUUCAAUAAGAAAACAUCCUAAGCUACUUGCUUUGAUACAGGAUGAGCUUUUCAGGAAUUUAAUGCAGUUUGGCCUGUCAAUGAGUCCAUUAAUCCUGUCCACCGUGUGCAGUAUUGUUCUGAAUCUUUAUUGUCACUUGCGUAUAGAGCUUAAACUUCAAAUUGAAGCAUUCUUCUCCUGUGUGAUCUUGAGGCUAGCACAGGGCAAGUAUGGGGCUAGUUUCCACCAGCAAGAAGUGGCUAUGGAAGCUCUUGUCGACUUCUGCAGGCAGAAGACAUUCAUGGCAGAAAUGUAUGCUAACCUGGACUGUGACAUAACUUGCAGCAAUGUCUUUGAAGACCUUGCCAAUCUUCUCUCAAGGAGUGCCUUCCCUGUCAAUUGUCCAUUAUCUACUAUGCAUAUUCUAUCUUUGGAAGGCCUUAUUGCUGUAAUUCAGCGAAUGGCUGAUAGAAUUAACAACGCACCACCUAGGUCACAACAAUCUCCUUUGGAACUAGAUGAGUAUACUCCAUUCUGGACAGUGAAGUGCGAAAACUAUUCUGAUCCUGAGCAAUGGCUAAAAUUUGUUCGUUGCAAGAAGUACAUCAAGAGAAGGUUAAUGAUUGGGGCUGAUCACUUCAAUAGGGAUCCAAAGAAGGGUCUUGAGUUUCUGCAGGGAAACCAUCUUUUGCCUGAGAAGCUGGACCCUCAGAGCGUGGCAUGCUUUUUCAGAUACACCGCUGGCUUGGAUAAAAAUCUUGUUGGGGAUUUCCUGGGCAACCACGAUGAUUUUUGUGUACAGGUUCUUCAUGAAUUUGCUGGCACCUUCGAUUUCCAGGAUAUGAAUCUGGAUACUGCCUUAAGACUCUUUCUGGAGACGUUCCGCUUACCUGGUGAGUCACAAAAGAUACAAAGGGUGCUUGAGGCUUUCUCUGAGAGGUACUAUGAACAGUCACCCCAUAUUCUAGCUAAUAAGGAUGCAGCCCUCCUAUUGUCAUACUCGCUCAUAAUGCUCAAUACGGAUCAGCACAAUGUACAAGUAAAGAAGAAGAUGACAGAAGAGGACUUCAUUCGGAACAAUCGUCACAUUAAUGGUGGGAAUGACCUUCCCAGGGAAUACUUGUCAGAGCUGUACCAUUCUAUAUGCAAGAAUGAAAUAAGGACCACUCCUGAUCCAGGUAUUGGUUUUCCAGAGAUGUCUCCAAGCCGCUGGAUUGAUCUACUGAGGAAGUCAAAAAAGACUACUCCUUAUAUUGUCUGUGAUUCUCUGCCAUACCUUGAUCAUGAUAUGUUUGCCAUCAUGUCAGGCCCAACAAUUGCUGCUAUCUCCGUUGUGUUUGAUUAUGCAGAGCAUGAAGAUGUUUUUCUGGCCUGUGUGGAUGGCUUCCUUGCUGUGGCUAAAAUAUCAGCAUACCAUCAUCUUGAAGAUGUUUUAGAUGAUCUUGUUGUAUCACUAUGCAAGUUCACAACCCUUCUGAAUGCAUCUAUGGCGGAGGAACCAGUUACCGCAUUUGGGGAUGACACCAAAGCUAGGUUGGCAACUGAGACAGUUUUCAUCAUUGCAAACACAUAUGGUGAUCAUAUACGCACUGGUUGGAGAAAUAUCCUUGACUGCAUCUUAAGACUGCACAAGCUUGGCCUUCUUCCUGCACGUGUAGCUAGUGAUGCAGCUGAUGAUACAGAACUGCUGGCAGAUACUACUCAUGGGAAACCUGCUCUGAACUCUCUCGCUACAUCCCACAUUCCUUCAAUGGGUACCCCUCGCAGGUCAUCUGGGCUGAUGGGAAGGUUUAGUCAGUUACUAUCUCUUGACACGGAGGAACCAAGAACACAACCAACCGAACAGCAAUUAGCUGCUCAUCAGAGAACGCUUCAGACAAUUCAGAAGUGUCACAUAGACAGCAUAUUCACCGAGAGCAAGUUCCUUCAUGCUGAUUCGCUGUUGCAGCUUGCCAGGGCCCUUAUCUGGGCAGCUGGUAGGCCUCAGAAGGUUACUAGUUCCCCUGAUGAUGAGGAUACAGCUGUUUUCUGCCUGGAGCUGCUCAUUGCCAUCACUUUGAAUAAUCGAGAUAGAAUUUUUCAUCUCUGGCAAACUGUGUACGAACACAUAGCCAACAUAGUUCAGUCUACUGUGAUGCCUAGCGCUCUUGUGGAGAAGGCAGUAUUUGGAAUCCUCAGAAUCUGUCAGCGGCUACUCCCAUAUAAAGAGAACCUGGCUGAUGAGCUUUUAAGGUCACUGCAGUUAGUCCUAAAGCUUGAUGCUCGUGUGGCUGAUGCUUACUGUGAGAACAUUACACAGGAAGUUUCACGUUUGGUGAAAGCAAAUGCUACUCACAUAAAAUCUCAGAUGGGUUGGAAGACAAUUACAUCAUUACUAUCCAUCACCGCUCGUCACACUGAAGCUUCAGAGGUUGGUUUUGAAGCACUGACGUUUAUCAUGUCUGAAGGCUCUCACCUCUCGCCAGCCAACUAUCUUCUUUGCAUUGAAGCAUCACGACAGUUUGCCGAAUCUCGUGUUGGGCAUACUGAUCGAUCUACACAUGCUCUAGAUCUCAUGGCCGAGUCCACCAUCUGUCUUGUUCGCUGGUCUCAAGAGAUUAAAGAUGCAGGAGAUGAAGCUGAAAAUUUAUCGGAAGGAAUUCGGGACAUGUGGCUCAAGCUUGUUCAAGCACUGAAAAGGCUGACACUUGAUCAGAGAGAGGAAGUAAGAAAUCAUGCCUUGUCAUCAUUGCAGAAAUGUUUGUCAGGAGUUGAUGGGAUAUGCUUGUUGCCCGCAUCGUGGUUGCAUUCUUUUGAGAGUGUUAUAUUCAUGAUGCUUGAUGACUUGCUUGAAAUCGCUCAGAGCCAAUCACAGAAGGAUUACCGAAAUAUGGAGGGAACACUUAUGCAUGCCAUGAAGUUACUCUCCAGGAUAUUCUUGCAGCUAUUACAGGAGCUUUCUGGGCUGAGCAGCUUCUGCAAGCUAUGGCUGGGGGUUCUUAGUCGCAUGGAGAAAUAUAUAAAGGUAAAAGUUAGAGGCAAAAGAAGUGAGAAACUUCAAGAAUUGGUCCCUGAAUUGCUGAAGAACAUGUUGCUCGUGAUGAAAUCAAAGGGGAUUCUUGCAAAAAGGAGCACAAUAGGCGGUGAUAGUUUGUGGGAAUUGACAUGGCUCCAUCUGAAUAACUUUGCUCCAUUUCUGCAAUCAGAAGUUUUUGCCGGAGAAUUGGAGCAGGAUUCUGGCAACCAUGCACAAUCUGAUGGAAGCCAUUCUGCAGUAGAGGAUGGUGGUCAGGUUGAAGGUUAAAAGGUUUUUCUUUGGCUGUUCUGUCAAAUCUUAAUCAUCACCUGCUUUGAUGCUGGGAUUAUUUUUUGGUUGUCUGCAGCUUUGUUAGUUUAGAUGGUAGGCUGGCUGCAUGUUGUUCGAUGUUUUUUAAUGGGUAUUUUUCCUUUUAAGUUUAGCUAUACAGUACUAAAAUGACAAUUUACCCUCAGGUUUUUAGGGUAAAUUUGUUUUUUUUUUCUUUUUAUUAAGGAUGUGAUAUAUAAUGCGUUUGAUGCCCA